GAUGGAGUUUAUUAAAGAGGAGAUUAAAGAGGAGAUGGAGUUUAUUAAAGAGGAGAUUGAAGACAUGACUGAUCCAGAACCAUUCAGAAUAAAACAUGAAGAUACUGAGGAACAAAUAGAUUGGAUGGAAGUAAAACCGCAAAAAAGUGAACUGAAUGAAGCAGAGGAGGAACAGCAGAGCAUCAAAACUCAAAGAACAAAAGCCUAUAAGCUGCACUCCUGCUCUCAGUGUGGAAAGAGUUUCAGUCAAAAAGGAAACCUUAAGACACACAGGAGAAUUCACACUGGAGAGAAACCGUAUCCAUGCACUCAGUGUGGAAAGAGCUUUUCUCAAUCAUCAGGUCUCAGGAAUCAUCUGCGUGUUCACUCUGGAGAAAAACCAUUUAACUGUGAUCAGUGUGGGAAAAAGUUUAAUUCAUUAGCACAUGUAAAACAACACCUGAAAGUUCAUUCAGAUGAGAAGCCUUAUGUGUGUUCUCUCUGUGGAAAGAGUGUUUUAUGGCUGCGUCAUUUUAAACUGCACCUGAAAACACAUGAUGAAGUGAGAGAUCAUGUGUGUUGUGACUGUGGGAAGAGCUUUACUAGAGCUGACAAUCUGAAACAGCAUCAAAGAACUCAUACUGGAGAUAAACCUUACAAGUGCUCAUACUGUGACAAGAGAUUCUGUCGUUCUGAAAAUCUGAAAUCACAUGAGCGAGUUCAUACUGGAGAGAAGCCGUACGACUGUACUCAGUGUGGAGAGAGUUUCAAAUGUAAAACUGAUCUCAAAUAUCAUCUGCGUGUUCACUCUGGAGAAAAGCCAUUUAACUGUGAUCAGUGUGGUAAAAAGUUUAUUUCAUCAUCACAACUAAAACAACAUCUUAAAGUUCAUUCAGAUGAGAAGCCUCAAUUAUGUUCUCUUUGUGGAAAGAUUUUUUCAAGUCUCUAUUAUUUUAAACUGCACCUGAAAACACACACUGAAGUGAGAGAUCAUGUGUGUUGUGACUGUGGGAAGAGCUUUACUAGAGCUGAAUGUCUGAAACUGCAUCAAAGAAUUCAUACUGGAGAAAAACCUUACAAGUGCUCAUACUGUGAUAAGAGUUUCACUCAGUCUGGACACCUGAAAUUACACGAGCGAGUUCACACUGGAGAGAAGCCGUACCAGUGCACUCCGUGUGUAAAGAAAUCCAAGCAGAAACAUCUUAAAUCUGUGUGUUGUACUAUUAUAAAGAUGGAGAUUAUUAAAGUGGAGAUUGAAGACAUGAGUGAUCAAGAAACAUCUGAAAUAAAACAUGAAGAUACUGAAGAACAAAUAGACUGGAUGGAAGUGAAACAGCAAAGACAAGACCUGAAUGAAGCAGAGGAAUGUCAUACCUUCACAACUCAAGGAACAAAAGACAAUAAGCUGCACUCCUGCACUCAGUGUGGAAAGAGUUUCAGUCAAAAAAGAAACCUUAACAAACACAUGAGAAUUCACACUGGAGAGAAACCGUAUCCAUGCACUGAGUGUGAGAAGAGUUUUUCUCAAGCAUCAGGUCUCAGGAAUCAUCUGCUCAUUCACUCUGGAGAAAGACCAUUUAACUGUGAUCAGUGUGGUAAAAAGUUUACUUCGUCUUCACAACUAAAACAACACCUGAAAGUUCAUUCAGAUGAGAGGCCUUAUGUGUGUUCUCUCUGUGGAAAGAGUUUUUCACGACUGGACUGUUUUAAACUGCACCAGAAAACACAUGAUGAAGUGAGAGAUUAUAUGUGCUUUGAGUGUGGGAUGACCUUUACUAGAGAUGACCAUUUGAAACAGCACCAAAGAAUUCAUACUGGAGAAAGACCUUACAAGUGCUCAUACUGUGAAAAGAGUUACACUGUAUCUGGAAACCUGAAAGUACACGAGCGAAUUCAUACUGGAGAGAAGCCGUACCAGUGCACUCAGUGUGGAGUCGGUUUUGCACGUAAAGACAGUCUGAAGAAACACACAAAAAUUCACACAGGAGAAAAGCCAUUCGCUUGCCGUCAGUGUGGAAAAAGUUUCAUACAAAAGCCACAUCUUAUCAAGCACAUGAGUACUCACGCUAAACAAACGCCUCACGUUUGCCCUCAGUGUGGCUGGAGCUUUACAACUGAACUCAAACUGAACAUACACCAGCAUGUUUGUUCUGGAGAGAAAUCAUACUCCUGUCCUCAGUGUGGAAAGGGUUUCGCACAUAAAUCAAGUCUUGGUUGUCAUCUGCGUGUUCACUCUGGAGAAAGACCUUUCGAAUGUACACAUUGUGACAAAAGUUUUACUCGGUCAGGAACCUUGAAAAAACACAAGCGACUUCACUGCCACUACCAUAGACUUUCGAGAGAACGUGACACUGCUUGUAUGGGAAGAGUUUCACCCGAUCGGGAGGUUUCGGGACUCACCGAAAAAGCAGUUUCUCCCAUCUUAUAAGUUGUGUACUAUAUACCAAUGUAUCCUGAUUGUACAUGAAAUAAGAAAUAACAAAUUUUGUCUGCUGCAUUAAGUUGUUUGUGAAAAUAUACAAAAAAUGUACAUUCAACAAACACUGUUUUAUCGUUUCAUUUGUGACCAUUUUUAUCCAAGUUAAAUGACAAAUCGCGUAAUCUGAAUCACCAUAUUUCCUUGUUUAAUUAGAUUUAUUAGAUUUAUAACAU